AUGGCAAGCUCCCAUACUCGCGAGGGACUCCUCGCACCGAUCUCACAGACCUUAGCUGGCAAAGGUAUCCCUGCUGUGCUCUGGGGUAACUUCCUCUUGACUAUCCAUGGUGUGCCGAGCAUCGUCAGUGAAGCCGACUUCGUCGUCCACGACUCUUUGCUAUGUGCUGCUAUAGCAGCCCUUAUGGACUCGCAGGAGCUGAAACUCUCGCCAUGCCUCGAUCCAGAAACCUGCUACAUCUCAAGAGCGAAGAGGCUCUCGCCAGGUCCUGCGUUCCACGCCCACAUGCCUGACAGCAAUGCCCACGUUGCACUCCACGUGCAGUCAGCCACUCUUGGUGCCGUCGUGCCGCCACUCAGGCUCAACCAGAGUGCGAACCUGCUCUCGUUGGGCUUGAUACCGGCCAGCCAUCCGUCUUUGCCGUCGCCCGAUGAGCUGGGCCUUGGCCAUGGAUCACUGUUUCCCCAAGACGACGGAUCGCCGAGUCCAGUCUGGGUUCUGCCGAGUCAUACGUACUUGGAAGCCAUCAUUCAAUUAAUUCGUGAAGAUGUCAACAUCUACGUGACCUACUUCAUGGCCACUGUCAUUUACUUCAUGUACAGCAGUGGACAGAUUGAGAAAUGGUGGAGGCAAAACCUUGGCCUGCCGAUUUCGAAGACUCCGUCUCCCACGAGGCCCAGGGGCCUGUCUCCGGCUUCCGCAGCUGCCGCUCGUGCUGCUGACGCUUCCAACCCUCCAGCAAGAGGCAAUAGUGCUAGCGCUCCCAAGCUUCCGAGCAAUGCUGCGAGCGGGUUCCCAGCUGAUGAGAAGUAG